AUGCGUGGGAAUGGCAUGAGGUCCUUUAGCCUCAGGGUAUUUCUAUAUCGAGGUGGUUCCACUAGACUAACCUCGGGUGGUGGUCUGUUGAGUGUAUCCCAGUUAGGUCCACCCAGGCAGGAAGCUGAUGGUGCUGGUGAGUGUGAACAGCAAGGUGAUGGUGUUACUCAGUGUGACCAGCAAGUACAUGGUGCUGUUGAGUGUGAACAGCAAGUUCAUGGUGAAAAUACUGUACCUGUUGAAGAAGAUAUAUGUCAGGGUGAUGGUAUUGUUGAAGGUCAUAUUGAAACUCAGUGUGAAGGAGAUAAUGGUACUGUCCGUACUUGUAGUUCUAGUGGUGAGGAUGACAAUGGUGAUGUUAAUGCUGAUUAUAUGGAAGGCUUGGUUGACUGUGAUAUACAAGAGGAUCUUGGAGAUGGAAAUCGCUUUAGUGAUAUAGAAAUUGAUGUGGAAUAUGAUGGAGAAUCANCCACUGGGUUUUCUGAUAGUGAUAUGGAUGAUGGCAUAAAGUGUGAUGAUAACAGAGGGUUGUCUGAUGAAGAAUGGGAAUCUGAAGACCUCGAUAGUGGAGCAGAAAGUGAUGCAACAGAUGAUGAAGAGAGUUAUGGCAAGUUUGUGACAUUUACUAUGCCUAAAUCAAUGGUUGAUUACAAGUGGGAUUUGGGGACGUAUUUUGCUCAGAAGGAAGAUUUGUUGGAUGCCCUAAAAACCUAUGCAAUUCAAAAUGGUAGAAAUAUUAGAUACGUAAAAAAUGAUAAGAAAAGGGUUAGGGCUAAAUGCAUGGGAUCUAAAGGAAAGUGUCCCUGGUUGGCAUAUUGUGGUUACAUGGAUUCAAUAAAAACAUGGCAAUUAAGGACUAUUGUUGACAACCACACUUGUAGUAGAGAACACAAGGUAGGAUUACUCAAUUCAAAAUGGCUGAGUAAGAGGUUGGAGAAAACUGUUAGAGAAAAUCCCAGAGUGAAGGGAGUGGACAUUGUUCAGAAGGUAAAUAGAAAGUGGAAUGUAGGUGUAUCUCAAUCCAUGGCUUAUAGGGCUAAAGCCAUUGCUUCUGACCAUGUUGAUGGGUCUUUCAAAGAGCAAUAUAAAAGGAUCUUUGAUUAUGCAAAUGAGAUCCUAACUCGUAAUCCUGGAUCCANAGUUCAGGUUAAGGUUGAACCAAAUGAAACCCUGCAAGGACCUAUAUUUAGGAGGUUUUAUGUUUGUCUAAAAGCCUGCAAGGACAGUUUUGUGUCUUGCAGGCCUAUUAUAGGGCUAGACGGUGCUUUUUUGAAAGGUAAAUAUGGUGGGGAAAUGUUGACUGCUGUUGGAAGGGACGCAAACGACCAAAUGCUACCUAUUGCAUAUGCCAUUGUGGAAGUGGAGAACAAGGCAACUUGGAAAUGGUUUAUAGAACUUCUGGUUGAAGAUCUUGGUGGGACGACAAUAUGUGCAUCAUUUACAUGGAUGUCAGAUCAACAAAAGGGUCUAUUGCAAGCUUUUCAAGAAAUUCUUCCAAGAGUUGAUCACAGAUUUUGCGUUAGACACCUAUACGCUAAUUUCAGAAAACAAUUCCCAGGGAAACAACUCAAGAGGUUGAUGUGGAAGGCAGCUACAGCAACCACUNCCCAAACAUGGGAAAAGGAAAUGACAAAUAUCAAAGAGCUGAACGUUGAAGCUUUUAAAUAUCUGAUCAAAAUCCCUCCCAGACACUGGUCCAGAUCAUGGUUUACAACCACAAGUAAAUGUGAUACAUUAGUCAACAACAUGUCAGAGGCAUUCAACAGUGUUAUGCUGCAUACAAGGUCCAAGCCAAUAAUAAGCAUGAUGGAGGACAUCCGGAUUUACAUCAUGAAAAGAUGGGCAAGUAACAGAACAAAAUGUCAGACAUUGAGUGGGGUCAUUUGUCCUAAAAUCAAGAGUAGACUAAAUAAGGAGUCCCAGUUAACUAAGUUCUGGAUUCCAAGUUGGUCAGCAGAGAAGUUAUUUGAAGUCCGUCAUGCCUCUCAAGUUGGGGAGAAGCUUGUGGUCGAUCUAGACAAACAUGAAUGCAGUUGCAGGAAAUGGGCUGUCUCAGGAAUUCCAUGUUGUCAUGCGUUGGCUGCUGUGAAGUUUCUCAACUUAGAUGCAGAGGACUUCAUACCUGGUUGGUUUAGGAAGGCCACAUAUGAAGAGACAUACUCUUCAAUUGUCUACCCGUUAAAUGGAAAAAACCUGUGGCAGGUUACACCAUACAGCGAUGUAUUCCCUAAAAGAAAAAGUGAAGUGUAUAAAGCAGGGAUGAUUGCAUAUUUCAAUGAUACAACUGAUUAA